AUCAGCUUGGCCAUGAUUGGGUUCAUGAGGAACCCAGAGACGAUCUGGGUUCGUCCACCAUUUCCAGCCAUUUUUCCUCCCCUUCCCCCUCAUCAGCUUGGCCAUGACUGGGUUCAUGAGGAACCCAGAUUUGCUUUGGGUUCGUGACGAACCCAGAGCAGAUCCGGGUUCGUCGCGAACCCAAGUCUGCUCUGCUCUGGUUCGCUGCUCUGCUCUGCUCUGGUUCGCUGCUCUACUCUGCUCUGGUUCGUUGCUCUGCUCUGGGUUCGACGACGAACCCAAGUCUGCUUUGCUCUGGUUCGCUGCUCUGCUCUGCUCUGGUUCGCUGCUCUACUCUUCUCUGGUUCGCUACUCUACUCUUCUCUGGUUCGUUGCUCUGCUUUGUUGCUCUGCUCUGGGUUCGUCGCGAACCCAGAGCAGAUCUGGGUUCGUCGCGAACCCAGGUCUGCUCUGUUCUGGGUUCGACGCGAACCCAGGUUUGCUCUGGGUUUAUCGCGAACCCAGGUAUGCUCUGGGUUCGGCGCGAACCCAGAUCUCUUCUAGGAAGAUGUAUGCUAACUCUCUCAUUCAUGGUGAUUCACACAUGCUUUUUGCAGAGGAUAGAAUAAGGCAUUCUGAGUUCAUGACGAACCCAGAUCGUCUCUGGGUUCCUCAUGAACCCAAUCAUGCCCAAGAAGGGGAUGAGGGGAGGGGAGAAGAGAAACACCGGCCGAUUCUGCUCUUUUUCUUCUUCUUUCUCGUCCCCUACAGCUCCCGAAAGCCUCCCAAGCUACCGGCAACAAUUUUCUUGAGGAAACCGGUAGAAAGCUUGAUUUUAUCCUUCUUUUCUUAUUCAAGAACAAGAUUUAGGAGCUUGAAAUCUUCCCCCCUAUGCAGAAAUUCCAGAUCUGCUCGGUUUCUCCCCUCCCCUGUCCGCGAGUUGCAGCUUGUGGGUGCGAAAUUCUGGGCUUUUUCGAAUUUCUCCUUCUAUGCCGUCGGCCUUCCCCCAAAUUGCAGCUCCGGCCUUGCUUGUUGGAUUUAUGGUAUGUGACAGCCCCCUUUGAGCCUAAAAUCAUCCAUUAGUUGUUGAAUUAUCCAUGUAGUGGCUGCCCCUGUGAUGUCCGAAAUUCUGUUGAAAAAUGGGGAUGAACUUUGACAGUAAUUAGACCAUGAUUUAGCUUAAUUCAAGUGAAAUUUAUGUGAUUGAGUGUUAAUCGACUGCUGUGAGAUUUUGGAGAAAAAUCCCGUGAGAUUAGCUAGUGUUUUGCCAAUUUUUGGAAGUGCAGUUACUGUUCAUAGUACUGUUCACGGGCACUGUUCAUGCACUGAUGGCUAACAAUUAAGGGGAUUUAAAUGUUUAGUUUGUAAUAUAAGAAUAAAUUUGGA